GGGCACUGCACAGUACAGGUGCACUUAUACACAUGCAAGAAUAACACUCAUAAAAAUAUUUUAAAAAGAAAUAACCACGAAGGUACCAAAUUAAAGGAGCAACCUGUAGUUAGUCACUUUACAGGUGGGAUAUGGAAGGGAGAGAAAUAGGAAAGCCAUUUAGAAGAUUAAAGGAACAAUACACUACAGGAAAGUGCCUUGGUAACAUAGUGGAUACGCUUGGAUUGGGUUGCCAUUGACCAAACUCACCGAUCUGUAGCAAAUGCCCCAUUUCCAAGCCUUAGGUUUUUUUGAUUUGAAGUGUGAGGACUGACAUGCCUUCACCCAAAGACUGAGUCAAAAUACAGGAUUUCUCUAGAGGUGGAGACAGCUCUGCCAUGCCAGGUGAAUGGGUGUUUUGAAUUUCUCAGGCUUGUAUAAAUUAGAAAGUACAGCUCUGGGCCUCUAGUCUGGGGAGGAUGAGGAAAGGGUACAGUGAGUAAUCCAGCAAUUAAAUGGGAAUAAUAAAGGAAUUACUUUGUAUUUCAUGAGAAAGGUAUUUUUAUCUCCAAUUAACAGUUGAAUUAACUAGAGCAAAAGAUUUCAGGUAUAAACCAAGGUCUGUCUAAAUCUAAAACUUGAGCUUUUCCAACUACAUUCCUGUUUCUGACCUGUGAAACUAUUUUAAUCCCAACUGAUUUUGGCCUGAGACUGUUCUGAACUUUGUUUCUGGUGUUUAUGAAGUACCUUCCCAAACCUGAUCAUCUCAUCAGAGAAAGACAUUAGAUUUGCUAAGAUGGAGGAGAAAAUGAAGGCUGUUUUGAAGUGGAAAGACACUAGUGUAUCUCUUUGUCUUUUUGGGUAGAAGGCAGGGUUAUCUGCGCAGAGAAAGUGCAGUCUAGUUGCAAACUGGACAUGUACAAGUUCAGCCACUGAGGAUGGCAGUGCUGACAGUGGAAAGGUAAGAGCAACUUCAAAACCAGGAGUGGAGGCAGUGUGACAUGGAGAGUGGGUUCAGGUGGAUCAAGGACUUGCAUUUAAGGAUGAAGUGGUUGGCGAAAUGCUCCAACUUGAUGCACACAACCCAUGUUCAGCUGUGGGAAAUCACAGAAAAGACCACAUAUAAUGAUGAGAUUGAAGAAGGCAGGCAAAGAAAGCAGGAGGUGAGGUAAGUUGUCAUCUGAGGCACACACAAGAAUUCAGUAAGGGGGAAGAAUUGGGAUAUUUAAAAUAAAGGCACAUAGGUACAGGAACAGGAAUGAUCCACAGGGGCAAUUCUUCCAUUUUUACCUCCACUCUUACCACACAUCUACAAAAAGUUACUAAACACAACUGUUUCUUUUGAUUGGGUUAUUGAGAAGUAUUAGAUACAAACCUAGGAAUUUAAAAUUUCUGCACAAAACAAAGGAUUACACAAUUUGGGAUAUAUAUACACAAACACUUCUAAAGAUAUUCAAUAAAAGUUGACAAAAGGUCACAGUUCAGAAGGGCCCAUAUGCCAGUGGGCUGUCCCUUUUGAAACACAGGUGACUGAAACUGUUGGACUUGGGACUGUCAGCUCUGGUGAGGAUUUCUGCUCCAAAGUUGUAUAUUAGGCUCUCUGGAGUGUUUAGUAUGAGGAAAACAGGAAGUUACAUCCAUCACAUCUUUUGCCCCAUGAUGAACUAAUUUAAAAAAAAUCCUGCCUCGCUCCUUUUCGGAUUUACAUGGCAGAUACGAGCCAGGGAGUUAAAGCCUCUAAGUCCACUCUUUCCCCAGCCUCUAACCCGUGGCUAGCUACACUGCCAAUAUUUACAUCUGAUUUGAAUAUUACCAACACCCAACCAGGGCAGCUGAUUUUUUCCCGUAAAUGAGUGUAAUUAGGUUUGACCAAAUACCAAAACGAUAUUUCAUGACAUCCCUGGGUGGAAUCACAAACUCCAAUUCAAUCAAACCUUACGGAGACUAAAAGUGAAUUUCUGUCAAAAGUUGCCAAAAGAGAAUUGGUUGCAGGAUCUGGGGGACGGCAGGGGAGCCUAGUUCAGUUUUGAGAAAGUGCCCUUUGGGAGACACGCACUUGUGGGCAUAAGUUCUAGGGUGGGAGAGGGUCGGGAGUCGGCUGGAGUCUGCGCUGAUUUGGGGGUGACUCUCAGGCGGUCGCGGGGUCCAGCAGACACAGGGCUGGGAGCACCUGGGUCCCCGGUCAGCCCCGGCCCCCCUCCCCCGGCUGCUUCCGGAAGUUUCUCCACAGGCCCGAGCCCCCACCUACGGUCCGAAGUGGCGGGAAGCCGGGACUCCCGAGGCCGCCUCGGGCGAGGGAGGCGGUGAAACCAGGCGAAGGGUCCAGCACGCCGGGCGGCCCGACUCAGCGUUCGGGGAGCGGCGCGGAGCCACGGCUAGGAGGUCUGCCUGCAAUGAAUGAGAUUUCUCUCUGUACACUUAAAGGACAUUCUUUCUGAGCUGCUGUGAAUAAAUUUGGAAUGAUACUGUGUAUUUUCAACUAAUGGAGAAUUAGCUGUGUCUUGAACAAGGAUUGCUGUACUGGCUGACUUCAGAACAUUACUCACGAUGUCCUCAAACAGGAGUCAGAAUCCCCACGGACUGAAGCAGAUUGGUCUUGACCAGAUCUGGGAUGACCUCAGAGCUGGGAUUCAGCAGGUGUACACCAGACAAAGUAUGGCAAAGUCCAGAUACAUGGAACUAUACACUCAUGUUUAUAACUACUGUACUAGUGUACACCAGUCCAAUCAAGCACGGGGGGCUGGAGUGCCUCCUUCCAAGUCAAAAAAGGGGCAGACACCUGGAGGAGCUCAGUUUGUCGGCCUGGAAUUGUACAAGCGACUUAAGGAAUUUUUGAAGAAUUACUUGACAAAUCUUCUUAAGGAUGGAGAAGAUUUGAUGGAUGAGAGUGUGCUGAAGUUCUACACUCAGCAAUGGGAAGAUUACCGAUUCUCCAGCAAAGUGCUGAAUGGAAUCUGUGCCUACCUCAAUAGACAUUGGGUUCGCCGUGAGUGUGAUGAGGGUCGGAAAGGAAUCUAUGAAAUCUACUCACUUGCAUUGGUGACAUGGAGAGAUUGUUUGUUCAGGCCGUUGAAUAAACAGGUCACAAAUGCUGUUUUAAAACUGAUUGAAAAGGAACGAAAUGGUGAAACCAUCAAUACAAGACUGAUUAGUGGAGUUGUGCAAUCUUAUGUGGAAUUGGGGCUGAAUGAAGAUGAUGCAUUUGCAAAGGGCCCUACGUUAACAGUGUAUAAAGAAUCCUUUGAAUCUCAAUUUUUGGCUGACACAGAGAGAUUUUAUACCAGAGAGAGUACUGAAUUCUUGCAGCAGAACCCAGUUACUGAAUAUAUGAAAAAGGCAGAGGCUCGUCUGCUUGAGGAGCAGCGGAGAGUUCAGGUUUACCUUCAUGAAAGCACACAGGAUGAGCUCGCAAGAAAGUGUGAGCAGGUCCUCAUCGAGAAACACUUGGAAAUUUUUCACACAGAGUUUCAGAAUUUACUGGAUGCUGACAAAAAUGAAGAUUUGGGCCGUAUGUAUAAUCUUGUAUCUAGAAUUCAAGAUGGCCUAGGAGAAUUGAAAAAACUACUAGAAACACACAUUCAUAAUCAAGGUCUUGCAGCAAUUGAGAAGUGUGGAGAAGCUGCUUUAAAUGAUCCUAAAAUGUAUGUACAGACAGUGCUGGAUGUUCAUAAAAAAUACAAUGCCCUGGUGAUGUCUGCAUUCAACAAUGAUGCUGGCUUUGUGGCUGCACUUGAUAAGGCUUGUGGUCGCUUCAUAAACAACAAUGCAGUUACCAAAAUGGCCCAGUCAUCCAGUAAAUCCCCUGAAUUGCUUGCUCGAUACUGUGACUCCUUGUUGAAGAAAAGUUCCAAGAACCCAGAAGAGGCAGAACUAGAAGACACCCUCAAUCAAGUGAUGGUUGUCUUCAAGUACAUAGAGGACAAAGAUGUGUUUCAGAAGUUCUAUGCAAAGAUGCUGGCCAAGAGACUUGUGCAUCAGAACAGCGCGAGUGACGAUGCUGAAGCAAGCAUGAUCUCCAAGUUGAAGCAAGCUUGUGGUUUUGAGUAUACCUCCAAACUUCAGCGGAUGUUUCAAGACAUUGGUGUAAGCAAAGAUUUGAAUGAACAGUUCAAGAAGCACCUAACGAAUUCGGAACCAUUGGACUUGGAUUUCAGUAUUCAGGUCCUAAGUUCUGGAUCCUGGCCCUUUCAGCAGUCUUGCACAUUUGCCUUGCCAUCUGAGUUGGAACGCAGUUACCAGCGAUUCACAGCUUUCUAUGCCAGUCGUCACAGUGGCAGAAAAUUGACCUGGUUAUAUCAACUGUCCAAAGGGGAGCUGGUCACUAACUGCUUCAAAAACAGAUACACCUUGCAGGCAUCCACGUUCCAGAUGGCAAUUCUGCUUCAGUACAACACGGAAGAUGCCUACACUGUACAGCAGUUGACCGACAGCACUCAAAUUAAAAUGGACAUUUUGGCACAAGUCCUACAGAUUUUAUUGAAGUCGAAAUUACUGGUCUUGGAAGAUGAAAAUGCAAAUGUUGAUGAGGUGGAAUUGAAGCCAGAUACCUUAAUAAAGUUGUAUCUUGGUUAUAAAAAUAAGAAAUUAAGGGUCAAUAUCAAUGUGCCAAUGAAAACUGAACAGAAACAGGAACAAGAAACCACACACAAAAAUAUUGAGGAAGACCGGAAACUCCUGAUUCAGGCGGCCAUUGUGAGAAUCAUGAAAAUGAGGAAGGUCCUGAAACACCAGCAGUUACUUGGUGAAGUCCUCACUCAGUUGUCGUCCAGGUUCAAACCACGGGUUCCAGUGAUCAAGAAAUGCAUUGACAUUCUCAUCGAGAAAGAAUACUUGGAGCGAGUCGAUGGUGAGAAGGACACUUACAGUUACUUGGCUUAACCCUUCUAGAAGGGUCUAUAUGACCCACAAGCAAAUAGCUGCAAUGGAGAAAAUGGAAACAACUGAAGUUCAUAGCAGCCAGCCUGCCGCCAUUUGGACCUCCCUUUUUAAAACUGAGACCAGGACUCCCACCAGCUGGUCUCAGAUACAGCAGAACUGCUCAGGACUGAUACUACAUUUCAAGUCUGUAAAUAUGGACACCAACGCCAUUUAACCUAACUUAAGAAAAGAGGGAACUGAACCUUCCAUGCUAAAGGCUGCAUGCUACUGCAUUUAAAUCAAUACAUUGGCUACCUGAUUAACACCUGCUGUCUGAGGCAGUGCCUAUGUUGGCAGCACUUUGAGAGCAAGUCUGAAUGGACCCACCUGUAAUCUGCUAUGAGAAACCAUUUGUAUAGUGUGUUUCAUUUUUUUAAUGUGUGAAAAUAAAGAAAAUUAAAGGAUUUCUGUACAAGUUGCAUUUGGUUUUAAGUUUUACUAAUUUCUA